CACCCACACCCGUUUCACAGACCAAGCAUUGCACCUCAAAAGCAUUGUUGUGUUUUGUAAAAGAAAAAUAAUAAUAAAUUUUGUUUAACGGAGUGCGCUUUUAAAUGGUUUUUCUAAAUCGUAGCCAUUUGUUCAUGUGCGGAAUUAAUUAAUUUAUAUUUAUACACUUUGCGGAUACUCCUACGAAUGCACGAAUUCGCGACAACAACAAAAUCAAGAUAGAGAAAAACGAAAAAAACAUUGGAAAUCCAUGGAAUAAAGCAAAAUGUGAUUUAUAGUUUAAAUUGUAAUUUAAGGAAAAUAAAAUCAUUAAAACAUUCCAUUUAAACGUUGAAAGCUGCUUGACAAGAUGACUGAAUCGUAUUGCCUAACAAACUUUAUUGAUUUUUCGCUGUCCUUGUCGCUCCCAUUGAAGCAUGCCAAUCGCAUCAGGUACACUUGCUUUGACGUUUCAGCCAGUUAUAUUAUAUUUGGGGCCACAUCUGGAUCGCUAUAUCUAUUCAACCGUAAAGGUAAAUUCUUACAUCUCAUUCCGAACAAACAUGGAGCCAUCACUCAUCUGAGCAUAUCCGUGAACAACAAGUAUGUGGCAUUUGCCACCCAAAAGUCCUUGAUUUGCGUCUACGCAGUCAACUUGUCGUCGCAGACUUCGCCCCAGGUAAUAGUCACGCAUUUGGAUCAGGCACAGGUUACUUGCAUUCAUUGGACGCAGGAUGAAAAGCAAUUCUACUACGGUGACACCCGAGGACAAGUCAAUCUUGUCCUGCUGUCUUCCUUCAUUGGACACAAUUUGCUACUAAAUAUGAGUGUACAUCCUUUACUCUAUCUCGACUCACCGAUUGUUCAAAUAGAUGAUUUUGAGUCCUUACUUUUAGUGUCCAAUGCCACUAAAUGUAUUCUAUGCAAUACAGAGUACGAAGAGUAUAAACAGAUUGGCAACCGACCACGAGAUGGAGCGUAUGGCGCUUGCUUUUUCAUAUCGCCCCAGGAGUCGUUGCAGCCAUCGCGCAUUUAUUGCGCCCGUCCUGGUACACGGAUAUGGGAGGUGGACUUUGAGGGCGAGGUCAUACAGACGCAUCAGUUCAAAAAUGCUCUGGCCAUGGCUCCUGCUAAAAUUCAUAAACCCGUUUUCGAAACAGAGACCGAACUUGAAUCCAACGAUGAACUACUGGAGCAUCAGCCGCAGCAGUUGCAAUUCGCCAAGAUUCAACGGCUGGGCAGGGAUUUCCUGUUGGCCUUUACCGAGCUUGGUCUUUACAUCUUUGACAUGCGCCAUUCUUCGAUUGUGUUGUGGUGCAAUCAAUUUGAGAGAAUUGUCGAUUGCCGUGUAUCAAAAUCUUUAGAGAUUUUUGUCUUCACCCAAACGGGGUCACUCUACAGUGUACAGCUGCAGACUUUACAGGCCACGGCUAUAGACCUGAUGCAGUCUAAACACAUGCAGAUGCAGUGCGCCAAUUUGCUGCGACAACAUGUUAAAUAUUUUGCAGAUAAAGCCAAGGAGAACUAUGACCUGAAGUUGCUCAAUCAUCUCAAGCAGCUGCUUAUCGAAAGGCAGGAAUAUGAAUUGCUCAAUGAUAUAUCAGUGAUAUUUGAUGCUAUUGCCCAAUGUACCGCCAGCAGUGGAUCGGAUGCCCAGAGCUCUGGCGGUAGCUCGACAGCUACCACCACUGAGCGCAGCCUAAGCGGGAGUGGAGGUGGUAAUGGUGCCAGCCAGAUGCCAACUCCACGAGGCGUCUAUGUUCUGGAGAAUGCCUUCUGCGAUAAUCGAAAACCCACAGCUAAAACAGGUUCCGGCCACAUAAAGGAUGCAUUGCUCACUGUUACUGGAAAAUUCGGCAAAAACAUCAUCAAGUACAAGUUUAACAUAUUUGCCGAGGAGCAGCAACAAUUGGUCCGAGAGUUAAUUCCGGCCAGCGAGCGAUCGCUACCAUUUAAGGAUAUCAAGGCUUUGUAUGAAUCGAACGAUGAUGAUCAGGAGAUAGUUAGCCGUCGAAGCAGUAGCAGCAAACAUCCUCUUCCUCCAUCGCACUUAAUCAGUCCCGAGGAGAAAACCAUAUACAAUUUAUAUUUGAUUUACAAGAGCGCCAAGUUUAGUCGGACACAUUGCGUGGAACGCUAUCGCGCCGUCUUCGAUGAAUAUGCGGCCAACGAGUUGAUUUGUCUGCUUGGCAAGCUUGCUCUAGUAAUGGUAGAAAAUGGCGAGACUAUGGAUCAGGCUGAACGCAAUUGCUUGGAGAUGUAUUUCAACUAUCUGAAUCCAGAACUCAUUUGGGAAAUGGAUGAUGCGACCAGAGAUUACAUAGCCAAUGGUUUUGUUCAGCUCAAUGCGGAUCCCGAUAUUGUGCGCUGUGAUCAUUGCUCCUUUCCACUUAGAUUUGAUAAUGCGUGUGUGUAUCACGAAAUUGGCACAGUUCUGCUUAGAUACUUUUGGUCUCGAAACGAACAACUUAAAUGUUUUGAUGUGGUCCAGGCUGUGCCCGCUCUGCUAGACGUCCUGGCUAAAUUCUAUCUGGCUGAACAAAAUAUGGAUAAGGUUCUGCCCAUUGUACUUAACUAUGGGCAGCCAGAACUACUCCUUGACUUGGGUAGGCAGUUUAACGUCACCGGGUGGACGAAAUGUUUCGAACAGUUUGUCGAAUUGCAACGCGGACGUCUUCAAUGUGUGAAUUGCGAACGUGUGACCAGCGUCGAGCACGAACAACUGACACGGCAUUUCUUUUACACAUGGGACUGCUUUCUUAAUAUCGCACUGGACCACUUGGAUACAAUGGAUACUUUGGCUCUGAUUUUUAAGUGGAGCUCUUACAUUCCAAACGAUGCAAUCGACAGAGAGUUCUACACAAGAUGCCUCAUCAAAGGAUAGACAGUCUGAUGGGCCACGUCAAGGACGAGGUAACCUGCUUACACGAUUUAGAACAGGGUUUAGUUAAUAAAAAGUCUAUAUAGCCAUAUAUCCACAUAUAUAUAUAUAUAUAUAUA